AUGCGUGCUGCCGUUUGCAUUCAUCGCCAUGCACGUGCCUUUGGUCUGGAGACGUCGCCGCUGGCAGAGGGCACGCUGCCUUGCGUGCACUACUCGGAAGUUUUCGACUUCGGUUCAGGAUGCCUCUGCUGCUCUCCGGACGGAGACCUGUCUCGAUUGCUGAAGGACCUGUGCUCCCGGCAAUCAGAGUUAAAGUUGACUCAUCUGUUCAUAGAGACAACCGGUGUGGCAGAUCCUCAGCCCUUCGUCCGAGUGUUCGAAAACGAGCACUUUGCGCAGUACUUUGCACUCAAAGCGGUUAUUUGCGUUGUGGACCUGCAGCGCGUUCGGAAUAUCCUGAACGAGCCAAAGGAUGCAGGCUCUCCAGGCGCAGGAUCUAGAGGCGUUGCCCAACUUAAAUGCGCCGACAUGCUCGUCCUCAACCAUUUGGACGAGCUUCAACAGCAUGAGCGAGAGCCCAAAGAGACUCAAGCUUGUGGAGUCCGAGAUCUGCUGUUGCGGUACUCUGAUGACAGCCAUGCUCCAGAAGUUCUGGGGCCUUGCAGUUUUUGCAAGCUGGGGCAUCAGGGAUUGGCGGCAGUCAACGCAGUUUCUCGAUGUCGAGGGCCUUCCGAGGUGGCGAACUCUGCUGCCCUGCCGCCUUCGAAUUUCAUGUUGCGCUUCGGGCCCGGCCCUGGGCAUGAUGCCGCCUGCAGCACUGCCUGCCUCGUGAGACCGAGGGGCGGCGUCUGCCUUGAUGCCGCCUUGGCCAUGCUGCAGCUCCUCUUGGACUCGGGGCAGGCCUAUCGCAUUCAGGGCUAUCUGUCCUUCCUGCCCAAGGAGCUCGAACCAAGUCUGAGGACUGAGCAAGCCUCUGCUUCCAGUUUUCCGCCGCCACUGGAAAGACUCUGGGCGCUUCCCAUGGUCGUUGUGGAAGGCAUCUACCGAGGGCAGCUCCGAAUCCGGGCGGUGACCACCGUGGCAGCCCCUGGCAGUGCGCUGGAAGCUGCAGAGCGCUCCAACACCCCGUGGCAGGAAACUGCCUUCGACGCAGCAGCUGCUGACCGUGGCGGCUGCAAAAUUUUUCUGUGUGGUGCUGCACUGGAUGAGACUACUUUGAGGGCUCAGCUGCAACAGUGUGCCCAACAUGGCUUUGAUGGCCCGGUCUGCAAUUUGUCAGAGGCUUGGCCGGAUGCUGCCCGGGCCAUCGACGAUAUUGAGCAGUCCGUCGCAGCAGCUCUUCGCCGUGGCGUCGGUCCACUCGAUUGGCAAGGGCGCUCCGCCUCCGCGGCCCCUACCGGCGACAGCCGCUCUUUGGCAGAGGUCUUCGCAGUCAGAUACGCGAGAAGCUUGCACGCGGCUCGGGCAGAGCGUCCGGAGAUCUCUGGCAGCGAGCCCCGCGAGCUGCGCUGCAUGGGGCACCGUCGACCAGGGCGGCGGUGCCAAGCAUCAGAGGCCGUGGAGGUCAGUUGGAACAGAGCCACCGGCAAGACCAAAGUGCUUGCCGCUGGGUCGAUGCCCGUUGUUGCACAGGACCAGACUGGUUAUGGCGGCCUUCGCUUCUGCACGGCCUCGGCGUCCUCCUACCACACCCUCGUGCUGGGCAGUGAAGUCUUCUGCAAGCUCCCGGCCUGA